AUGACUAGAACAACCGACGAGAUCAAGUAUGAGGCUUCCUCAUGGGAGCACAAAGGCGUCACCGUGGCAGACGAUGGCCGGAGAUUAGCGUCGAAUCCCGAUGCUGCCCGUCCCAAAGGACGCAUACGACGAUCGAUGACGGCUUGCCAUACUUGUCGCAAGCUUAAAACCAGAUGCGAUUUAGAUCCGCGCGGCCAUGCAUGCCGCCGCUGUCUAUCCUUAAGGAUCGACUGCAAGUUACCGGAAACGACCGAUCGUUUUCAAGAUAAUGCCUCAAUGUGGUCGGAUGCGACGUCCGCGAUUCCGUCGAUUGAGGAGCGCUUGACCUCACUCGAAAGAAGCAUGAGAGAGAUGACGAGUAUGAUGCGCCAAAUGCUGGAUCAAUCGCCAGUAACCCCCACUGGCAUUCCCUCGUGUUGGACCAGAGCUACCAAUGCCGAUGAUGGCACGUCGUCGGAAGGCAGCCCAUCAUCUCCAUUUUUGCCCAAGCCUGUUCGGCUCAUCCAAGACCUUCAAUCGGAAUUCUUUGGUGAGACCGAAAACUCGGCAUACUUGAGCGAAGACAUCGCAAAGGGUGGCUUAGACCAUAAACUAUCACUCAAACUGCUGCAAAUAUUCGUGGACAAUUUCGGCCCUUAUGUCUCCAUAUAUAAUCUCUCCGAUAUACAGAAUGAGGCGCGGAAUCCUGAUUCCUUGCUAUAUAAUACUGCUUGUCUACUGGCAUCCCGCUAUGUUCCUGGCAUCCCCACAUCUGUGGUACAUACGAUAUACCUUCAAGUGCGACAUGCUGUGGUAAAUCUUCUGUGGGAUAAGCCACCGCUUCGCUACGAGUCUCUCCAAGCUCUUGCGCUGCUUUGCCUUUGGCCUGCGACUGUACAAAAGGAGCCCCCAAUGGACAGCUGGCUGUUGAGUGGGGUUUCGAUCAACCAUGCCAUCAUCUCCUUUGAUUGUCUCAACUAUGGGCCUACGGAGACUAUGAUCGAUAACGAGACCGCCGCACAGCUCCGGCUUUGGAAUACUUACUGCUUGACGCAGCUCCAUUUUGCGGUCGGCAACGCUCGCCCUUUCCACAUCCAGCCACGCUAUCUUGAUCAUUGUCCACGGAUUCUGGAGCACCCAGGUGCAACUCUGGAGGACGCAAAGGUAGUGGCCGAGAUCCAGCUAUACCUCAUUACACUACGCCUCCAGAGCAAUGGCGGCCGAAUGCGAGUCGCCGAUACCAAAUUCGAGGAAAUCGAGCGGUGGAGGGCCGAGUGGGCCCAUCUCUUCGCUGGUGAACAGUUCACCCUCGAGCUAAGCCUCUGGUUCUGCCAGAUCCUUCUCUACCGCACCUCCAUGCGCUUUAGCCCAGGCUCCGAUACUCUCGCCUCGGAGGUCCUGCAAACCUCCCGCCUGAUGUUGUCCAAGUUUCUUCAGAUCCGAUAUUCUUCCGCUCUAAGCCUCGUCGACCAGACGUAUUUCAUGGUUGGCUAUGCCGCCCUCAACCUCUGUGAUUUCAACCUCAUGGACCCACUCAUCGAGCAGGUACAGAUGUUCUUGCUCCAUCUGUCCCCCAACGAGGAUCACAUCGCCUAUCGCUUCUCCUGCAUGAUUGUCGAGUUCAAGCGGCGAUGCACCGAGGGCAGCGAUCCGGCCACCACCGCCGCCGCGGCCGCGGUAGCAGCGGCAACUGCUGCCAAAGCCUCCUCUCCCCUGUCAUCCUUCGGGGAAACGCGGAAGAUGAGCAUGGAGCAGACGGCCUCAUUCCUGCCCCCAAUGGUCGAUAAUAUGAUUGAUGGCUACGGGUUCGAGCAAUUGAUGCCGGAAGUCCUCCCACAAUCAUUUCCCGACGGUAUGCUCAAUGAGAUGGCAGUCGCCGGGAUACCAGGAUAUCGGUCGGCAACGCUCUGA